UUUUUUGCAUUUGUUCUUUAUGGUAAAUGAAAGAUUUUGUGACAACUGAAUUGUUUGUUAAGAAAUCUGAAUUCAGCAAUGGACAAAGAUUCAGAUAGCACUGUGACAUCGUUGGAUGAAAAUACCGAAAAUUUCUGCACAAAUCAUACCCGUGAUAUAUUGGCGGAAGGUAUCGUGAAUUUAUUUAAACCAUCAGUGGAGAAAUUGGACGAACACAUACAAGCCACUCGUGCAUCACAAGUAGAAUUAAAAAAACAAUUGGACUCACUUUCAGUGCAACUGGUGGAAAUAGAGAAGGCGCAGCACAAUAUUCCUGAGUUCUCUAGCAAAGUUAAAGAAUUGAUAAACGUGAAGCAUAAGGUAACAGUCAUAACAAACGUUCUCAGUACAAGCCAGGAACGUUUAACUGGAUUGUAUAGGCUUAUCGAAAAAGAACAACGUCGUAGACAAGCUCUUCUUGACUCAGCUAUAAGCUCAAAUAUAUCUUAAAAAGAAAAAAAUGGAAACU